AUAUCAUGGCGUAGCGAUGAGGUGGGACGUAGAGCCGAACUGGUGGACACGAAAAAGUUGCGAAACUAUUAAUGUGGAGUUUUAGGUUUAUUUUAAAGACCACAAACCAGAAGAAAAUCUGAUUUUUUUCGAGUGGAAGUGUGGUUUAUAGGUGACUGAAGAUGAUGUCCGAUGCCAGUGACAUGUUGGCUGCUGCCUUGGAGCAGAUGGAUGGCAUAAUAGCAGGCUCAAAGACACUGGACUACUCCAAUGGUUUGUUUGACUGCCAGUCGCCCACGUCCCCUUUCAUGGGUAGCUUGAGGGCGCUUCACCUUUUGGAAGAUCUGAGAGGUGUUCUGGAAAUGAUGGACACAGAGGAAAGGGAGAGUUUACGCUGCCAGAUCCCCGACUCCACAGCUGACAAUCUGGUUGAGUGGCUCCAUGGGAACAUGUCCAAUGGGCACAUUUCUCUAAGUGGAGGUGACCACUACCAAGAAAGACUGUCAAGGAUUGAGAGCGACAAAGAGUCUCUGGUGCUUCAGGUGAGUGUGCUGACUGACCAGGUGGAGGCUCAAGGAGAGAAGAUUCGUGAUUUGGACUUGUGUUUGGAUGAGCACAGGGAGAAACUCAACUCAACUGAGGAUAUGUUGCAACAGGAGCUUCUGUGCCGAGCAGCACUGGAGACCCAGAAGCUCGAACUGAUGUCAGAAGUGUCCAACCUCAAGUUGAAACUCAACUCUAUGCAGAAAGAGAGAUUGGACUUCAAUGACAGAUUUAGGGACAGCGAUGAUUUGAUCCUUGAAAUUAACGAGCUGCGGUACAGACUGACUGACCUGGACAAUGAAAAGCUACAGUACGAAAAUAAACUGAAAGCCACAAAGGAGGAGCUAUCCUUACUCAGGAGACAGCUGGAAGGCAAAGAUGGAGAAAUGAGGAGACCACAUGAUGAGACAGGCUUCAAAUCCAUCGCUAUGAGCAGUGCAGAUUCUCUGGAGAGAGUUUCUCAUCCAGAUGAAAUGUUAAGAAAGAGGCUGAAAGAAAAACAUGUGGAAGUGCAAAGAAUGAAAAAGGCUGUUGAGUCAUUAAUGGCAGCAAAUGAAGAAAAGGAUCGUAAGAUUGAGGAGUUAAAGCUGUCGCUUUUGCGGUACAAGAAAGUUCAGGACAUGGUGAUGUCAGUGCAAGGAAAGAAAGAUAAAAUGAAAGAUGAGCAUGUUGAGAGUCCUGCUGAUGGAUUCAGUGCAGUCUUGUCCUACCUUGGGUCUGUGGAAUCUGAAAAGCAGGAAGUUACAGAUCUUGAGCAACUAAAAAUAAAAAAGCCAGAUGAGGUGGAAAGUUUUAGUGGACAGAGUGAAGAUCCUUCUCCCACACCCAGCCCUCCUGAUCCAGAACAAGUUUCUGAGCUUGCACCAACAGAUGUAGAGAGAAGCCAAGAAAUAACUAAAACUGAUGACCAAGCACAUUUAGAGGAAAGCAAGAAUGAGAAGUGUACAAAUGAAGAGAACAGUAAGGUGAGUGGGAAGCCACCUUUGAAUCCUUCAGCCACCCUGCCUGCCUCCACAGAAGAUGACAGCUUUGGCUCAAGAAAGGCUCGCUCAUCUUUUGGAAAGGGCUUCUUUAAGAUUCGUGGAGGCAAGAAGGCGACCAGCAGUCCUAACCUCGACCGCAGCAGGAGUGCAAGUGCACCUAUGCUAGCUGAAACGGAGCGGCAGGGCACCGAUCAUUUGGAUCUGGCUGGGCUUCCACAAAGGUCAUCUAACAGUGACAGCACAAACACACUUCCCACAAACCCGGAAAGCAGAAAGAAAUCCAAAGGAAUAAAAAAAUUAUUUGGGAAGCUCAUAAGAAGUCAGUCUACUACGUUCAACCUAGAUGAUAACUUGCCAGACGGAGAGUUUAAGCGUGGCGGCGUUCGAGCCACAGCGGGACCCAGACUGGGUUGGUCUCGUGACCUCCAGCGAGUCAACAAUGAGGUGGACGCUCCAUUCGCUCGAUGGUCAAAGGAUCAGGUUUGCGACUGGCUGCAGGAGCAGGGUCUAGGCCUCUACGUGAACCUGGCUCGAGUGUGGAUCUUAUCCGGACAGACUUUGCUGCAGGCGUCACAACAAGACCUCGAGAAGGAGCUGGGUAUCAAACACCCGCUGCACAGAAAGAAGCUGCAGCUGGCUCUGCAAGCCAUCGGCUCAGAGGAGGACGAUAAUAAGGGGAAGUUGGACUACAACUGGGUGACACGGUGGUUGGAUGAUAUUGGCCUUCCUCAGUAUAAAACCCAGUUCGAUGAGGGCAGAGUGGAUGGUCGCAUGUUGCACUACAUGACAGUGGAUGACCUGCUCUCCCUGAAAGUUGGAAGCGUUCUUCAUCACCUCAGCAUCAAGAGAGCGAUUCAGGUUCUUCGACUAAACAACUACGAGCCCAACUGUUUGCGCCGCAGGCCGUCAGACGAGAACAACAUUUCACCUGCAGAGAUUUCGCAGUGGACCAACCACAGGGUGAUGGAGUGGCUUCGAUCUGUGGACCUCGCUGAAUACGCUCCCAACCUGCGAGGCAGCGGCGUCCACGGAGGCCUCAUGGUUCUGGAGCCACGGUUCAACGUGGAGACCAUGGCUCUGCUGCUGAACAUCCCCCCCAACAAGACUCUGCUGCGCCGCCACCUCGCCACACAUUUCAGCCGGCUGAUCGGCUCCGAGGCCCAGCAGCUCAAACAGGAGUGUCUCGAAAACCCGGACUACACUUUGCUUACAGCUACCACAAAAGUCAAGCCAAGGAAACUGUCAUUUGGCAAUCUGAGGAAGAAAAAACAAGACGACAACGAGGAGUACGUGUGUCCGAUGGACGUGGAGAUGCCAAAGGGAAGCUUCCAGAAAGGCUUUGAGCUCCAGAUCUACGAAGAUGACCUGGACCGACUAGAACAGAUGGAGGACUCUGAGGGGACAGUGAGACAGAUUGGAGCUUUCUCUGAGGGAAUUCAGAACCUCACGAGCAUGCUGAAAGAUGACGAGUUCUUCAAAGAGAUGUCGGACUCACCCAACCCCAGUGUGACCGAUGAGGAGUCCACCGCGUGAGACCGGCGGCCUCAGAACUGGUCCUGCUGUGAACCCAACUCUGUGCCAGCAGCAAAGACUCUGCAUUAAUAUUCCCACAUUUCCUUUUAGUGUUAAUAUUAGAAAAAAGAGCCAAACGUAUUCGAGUCGCUGAGUUUUCAGUUCAUCUGUCUUCUGUUAGAGGGAACAUUUAGGACACGGCCACUGUUCGCCUGCCAGCUGGUUUCUGGAAACAUUUUGUUCUCAAAUAGAGACGCCGUUCUGGUUCUGAUAGAACUAAAAUGCCAACCAGCAGGGAGAAAAGCCAAAAUAGAUUUAAUAUAUUUCUUUGAAACUGUGGAGGUAUCUGAUAAAGGCACGGACUUCACAGACGUAGAGGACUUUCUAGAAGUAAUACGCUGAGAGUUUGUUCUUGUUUUAGUUUGGUCUAACUCCAAAACAGCUGCUAUGUUUUUCUACACAACUGAACCUGGCUGAUUAAACAAUAACAGUUUUAUAUUUUAUCUUUUCAUCAAGACUUUCACUUGUAAUCUUGCACAUAUUCAUCAUUCAUACUUAAAAAACAUAAGGAGUAUCAUUGCAUGAUAUCAGAAUUCCACAUAUUUUUACUAAAGUUUGUCAUGUUUUUGUUUUUAUUAUCCUAGAAGGAUUUUUGGAAACCUGUGGCCUUGCAGUUAAAUAAAUAAAAUGUUUCAGACUGAAAUAAGAUAAUGUGAGUUUUAUUUUGCUGUUUCAAAGGAAGUAAUAAUGCUGUAAUUCAACUUUUGAUCAUAUCUCUAAAUAUGAUCGAUUGUAAACUCUUAUA